AUGGCGAAGUCUAAGAAUAGCAGUCAACAUAACCAGUCCAAGAAGGCCCACCGCAAUGGUAUCAAGAAGCCAAAGACCUCGAGAUAUCCAUCACUGAAGGGUACCGACCCCAAGUUCCGAAGAAACCACAGACAUGCUCUGCACGGAACAAUGAAGGCCUUGAAGGAGUUGAAGGAGGGAAAGCGGGAGACGGCAUGA